AUGCCGUUGUCUCUCCCCGAUGACGUCUUCCUUCUGGUGGGAGACCAUCUCGAAGACCACCAGGAUAGAUACAACCUUGUCUUUGUUUGCCAUCGGUUUCAAGAGUUGUUCUUGCGUCUAGUUUACCGAUCGGCGGUACUGAAGAGUCUUUCGCAAACGCAAUCCUUCCUCACUGCUAUUCUCCGGCGUCCUGAGCUGGCUCGGGCGGUCCGUGAAUUGGAGUUUCGCGACUGGCGGUGUCAGUCCCCCCCGUCUCCCGAUAAUGACCUCUCACUGUUUAAAGAUUGGACCCGGACGCUCAGUCCCUCAGAGGGAGAAUACGAGCAAUGGGUGCAGGACCUCCAGAGCGGUCUAGAAGAAGCCUGGAUUGCACUGUCUUUACCGCUCGUACCCAAUCUACGGAAACUUUUACUGGUUUAUCCCAGGGACAACAAAUACUUGGACCGUUCGCUAGUGCGGGCGACGAAGGGGGAGAUGCCUUUCAACACCCAGCCGGCAUUCCGGAAGCUGAGGGAAGUUGCGUUGAGCCACCAGGAGGGCGAUGCGGACCAGAAGGGUACCUUCUUGCCGGCGCAGAUCCUCCCCUUCUUUCAGUUACCCUCUAUGCGAGUGUUUUCAGCGGAUGCCGUGUUGGAAACGAGCUCCGCGGAGAAACCUCAGCAGGACCGGGCCCCCGAAGCGCCGUUGCCAGGAACCUCAUCCAUCUCGGAGAUUACGCUAAACACGAGCAACGGGCACGAGGGGAUGCAGCAGUUGGUGGGGUCAUGCAGGGAACUGAAAGUGUUCAAGUAUCAGCACUCGGACUCGCGGUUCCUGGCAGAGGGGUACCAGCCUAGCGCAUUCUACCAGUCGUUGGCCGGCAGCAAAAAGAGUAUUGAAACCCUCUGGCUAGACAACUGCGGCGAGCACCUCCCCUUCACGGUAUCAGGUGCGAACGAGUCACACGACGAGUGGUUCGGAUCGCUAGCGGACUUCACGGCAUUGAAAGACAUCCGCAUUCGCCUGCCAAACCUACUCGACAUCCGCUACCAGCCGGAGCCGACGAUCGCGCUGACGGGCUGUCUUCCGGCGUCGGUGGAAUCGGUUUACGUGGAAGGCUGCAAGGAGAGCUCGCUGGCGAUGCUGGUGGCGCAGCUAACCAAGGUGCUUAACAAGCGAGCGACGCAGUUCCGGGCGCUACAACGGCUCGAUAUCGAGGGAUGCUUCCACGAUGAGGAGGAGGAAGAUGAGGCGUCGUCUGGUUAUCAGGGGGGUGCGUCCGGUGGCGAGAAGGUGAUCAAGCCACGGGUUCAUGAAACUGCUGACCCGUUGCGCGUUGCUUGUGUUGAAGCGGGUGUUGAGUUGCAUUUGCGUGAUCGUGGGGAAGUAGUCCAACGCCGAGAGAUUUAG